CGACGUGUGUUAUUGCGUCACGUUUGUACCUUAUAUAAACCACCAAGAGACCAGAACUCAAGCUUUCAACUUAAGAAAAACAAUGGAAGCUAUGUCUCAAUCCUGCAUGACGAUCAUCACAACAAGCCUAUCUCCUCCUACAACUCAUCAAAUUCUAGCUCCGGUCAAGUCAAUCCCACAGACCAAACCGAGCCUUAACGCCAGGAAGCAGAAGCCCUUCGCUGCUGCUAGGUGCGUGGCUUCAGGCUCGGGUUAUGCAGCGGCAGUGGAGCCAAUCACCCCAGAGGAAGAGGAAGAGCUGACUCAGAGAAAAAGUAUAUGUGGUGGAGAAGCAAACAGAGGAAUGUGGGAGCUCCUCGAAUGCCUUGAGAAAGAAGCUAUCAUGGGGGAUGAUGAUGGGAGAGACCCUAAAGAUUACAACAGGAGAGCAAAGAUCUUUGACAAGAGUUCUAAAAUCUUCAAGAACAUCAAAGAACACAGAGAUGAUCACUCUCGAGAGUAAAACAAAUGUUUAUUGUUUAAUUUGUGUUAAAAUGUCACUAGUGUUUGAUUCCUUAUUGUAACACGAACUUAAUAAUGAACAAUAGUUCAGAAAAAAAACUGAAUUUCUUGCGGUCCAGACAGUAAAACCUGCAAAACCCAUAAACCGCAACCGGUCUGAACCGUAACACCCACGAAUAUAAGAGCAACUUUUUAUGUGUCUAACUUAAGCCCACUACGUUAUAGAUAUAAUUGGACCUGGCCCAUGGGGUAAGGCCCGAAUUAUAUGUGGGCAAUACAAUAAAUAAUUUUCGGACAGGGAAUACAAACAUACGUU